CUAAAUUAUUUUACAUUCUCACGUGUGUUAAGUGUGUGACACAAAUCACAAUAAUAAAUAAACAAUUAGUUAUUGUUUUUUAAUAAUUAAAUUUUUUUUAAGAAGAAAUAAAAAAUGGCUCAAGGUAAAAUGAAAGUUAAAACAAAAUUACCUGACAAUGCUAAAGCAAAACAGGGAAAUAAAAAAAAACCAGCUGUUCAACGUCGUGGAAAUGCUCCAAUUAAGGCCAAAAAAGCAAAAUUACUUGAAGCCCAUAAAUUGAAGCAGAUGAUUACUAAAACCGUCAACAAAGCUGCUGAAUCUGAAUUAAGAGAACGUGCUCUUGAUGGAAAAAUGUCAUUAGUAAAAAAAAAUCCUGCAGUAAAAAAAUAAAAGUGAAAACA